AUGUCUCAACGAAUUGUAGUUCACCAUCUUGAAAAUUCCCGCGGAAACCGCGCAGUGUGGCUUAUGGAGGAGCUCGGGGUGCCCUACGAAAUCAAAAUGUACCAGUUCGACUCGUUCACGUUCAAGGCAGACCCGGCACUGAAAAAGGUCCACCCCGCCGGCAAGUCGCCAGUGGUCACCGACAGCGAUGGCACGGUUGUGGCCGAAAGCGGUCUGGUUAUGGAGUAUUUCGGAGAAAAAUACCGAAAGACCGCGGACCUGUGGGCCGACGACAAAAAGGGCCUGCUCGCCAUCAAGUACGGCCUGUACUCCGCCGAAGCAAACUUUAUGACCGCGGUGUCUAUGGUCAUUGGCAAUGUGCGGGCCCGCCAGAGCGUCCCAAUGGGCGUCUCGUUUGUGCUGGGCAAGCUGCUUGGCGUGAUCGAGUCCCGCUGGGCUGGCCCCGAGCUGCAUAGAUGGCUCAGCCUGCUUGACCAGCAAAUCGGCGAAAACAACGGGUUCUGCUGCAACGGCCGCUUCACCGUGGCAGACGUCAUGUACGAAACCAAUAUCUACCUGAUGCAUAAAUUCACCCCCCACUACCUGAAGGACUACGACAAUAUUAUCAAGUGGUAUGAGGCGAUGCACGCGCGGCCCGCGUUCAAGGCCGCGCACGAGAAGAUCAGCCAGGCAGUGCAGACCCAAUUGAAGUAG